CUGCUCAUCCUAGCGUUCCACCUGGGCAUCCAGGUGGACCACCUCCUCAGCAACCGCCGCAGUUUGCUCCAGCUCCCCAUCCGGCUGCUCAUCCUGCUCACCCGCAGCAUCAGCAAUACAUGCAGCAGCAGCAGCAGCACGCCCUCGAUGUCAUUUUCUCAUCAACACCAUUUCCCUCAUGGAAGCGUCGAGGCAACCGUUAUCAGCCAGAAGCGGCGGCGUAAGAUUAUGGCGAGAGAGUUAAUAAAUGCUACACCACGGCGUCUGAUCAUGGCACUUCGUAGCGGUAUGGAGGCUGAGGCGAUUUGGGCAAUCAACGCAUUGAAUGUACUUCUGUAUGACGACACGAACCCACAUCCUAGCCUUAAUCAAAUGCCUGGUCUCUUGAACGUGAUCAUUGAGCAUUUCUGGGCGACUCUGUCAGUACUAUUCCCGGAUACAUUCCCACUCGGUGAGCCGUCUCAAUUUCAAAUCGCCGAAGGAGACUCUGAAGCUCUACGUUUGCCUCUUCUGACGAACGGAAAUGCCCACGAACAAGUGAAACAGCCUGUAGCAAUGAGAAAUCCUGACCAUAAGAAAAAUUUCAAUAAGUGUUCGCGCACUGGAAGAAAGAUCAAAGUGCUGGAAGCGGAAAUGCCGGAGAUGCUUAAGAGGAAGCUCAUGUUAGAAGAAGGCCCUAGCAGUCUUCCGAUAGACGAAACGCUCACGGCAGACUAUGUGGAGGAAAGAAUACAACUAGGGCUUGGCGGGGGACUAGCAGAGCGUGUAGCUCUUCGUCUUCGAACUGAAUUGCACGCUUCAAAAACGCAAAGCAAGGCAAGGUUUAGCUGUAGCGUAGACCAAGACGAAUGUAGCUCUGAUGCAAAGGCUAGCAGUUCGACUGUGAUCAAACAGGAAGUAAAAGAAGAAACAGGAGAGGUUCCGGAAAUUGUGAUGCUUCGUCGAGAGCGCAACAACGAGGGUUAUGAUGGGCCGAACGAGUAUGAAAUUCGAUGGCCACGAGCUACUGCGCUGUCGGAACGAGACGACACGCUACAUCGAUUCUCUCUCCGUGCAUUGGCGUUAUCGAAUAUACUGCGAGGUUUCUCAUUUCUUCCGGGAUGUGAACAUUUACUAUGUACGCACAGUGGAUUGUUGUAUAUUUUGGGACGAUUCCUGCAGCUUAUGGUCAUUGAAACGCCCAUUCUGCGAGCAAAAUGUGCGCCAAAGAUCGACGUGGAUGCUCCACUACCGGAACCUGAGUCGUAUGAAGUAUUGAGAACGCGAGCAUUAUCUUUACUGGACUGUGACGAUUCGCACAAGGUACUGCUGGUUGAAACUGCAAAUCAGCUGAGGGACGAUGCGUUUGUGAUGCUGUGCCAUAUGAGUGUAGCGCUUGACCUGUUCGAUGUGCCUGACCGACUGGCUUAUCCCAUUUACGAUGGAAUACUGCACUGGUGUUCGACAACUGUUCCUGAAGCAACGGAUCCUAUACCUCCUGCAGCAGUCUCACCAAGGAACUAUGCGCUCGAGAUCAUGUGUAAGAUGUCGGUUUUGGAACGGAAUGUGGACAUGUUGCUUUCCACUGGAGCAUGGCCGCGAAUAGAAAAAAUCGUUCGCAUGUUAGCGAAAAUGUUGAGUAUGAGCGAGGAAACACAUCAUCGCGAGUUUGCCAUCGUUAUAUUAAACGCUUUCUGUAACGCAUCUGAAGCAGUUUGCUAUGUGGCUGCCAUGCAAUCACCAACCAUCGCAAAUCUCGUUUCAUUCAUCGAAGCAUCUGAUCAGAGCAUGCAUCAGGUUAUGCAAACGCAUGGUAUGCCUGCAUUACGCGACAAUCCGGAGAUGAUGGGCACGUCUGUAGGAAUGUUGCGACGAGCUGCCGCGAUGUUACGUCUUCUAGUCAAAGUUCCCGAUGCGUACCGCGUCUAUGCAAAGUUCCAGCAACGGCUACUUCAGUUCACUAUGAGCCAGCUGAUGGAUUCUCGCGUUGCGGGUAUGAUAGCAGAUGCUCUUUAUGAGAUUCAAGCACUGCUCGGCAAGGAAAAAGCCUCCAAUGUAAAUACAAAUGAGGCUAAUCACAAUCAUGACGGAGAUGCAUCUGAAGUGGUAAAACCUGAGAAUGCUGCGGACGACACAUCGUCUUCUGUAUCUACGGACGUUGCGUCCGAAAAUGUUACCAAUGAUGAUUCAGCUUCACAGGCGACUAUAAACGGUGAUGCUACAGCUCAAGCACUGAAGAGGGCAGCUAUGAAACGAUCCGGAAUCCAUGACGACUGUGUUACCAAAGCGCCAUCAUCGAAAAGAGCCUGCUUGGAGAACGGGUACGAGAAGAAGAACGGGAAGUUGGAUAGCAGUCCACUGAAGUUGAAAGAAACACGGGCAGAGAACGGAUCGAUGACCGCUGUUGCAUGA